AUGACGAGGAAAAGCCUGUGGCUGGCAGGCGAGUCCGAAUGCGAAGUGCAUCUGGCCUUCAUGAUCCCUAUGGGUCCAAAUGUCAACCUGUCUGGAUCUUUCGGCACAGUUCACCUCAGCAGCAACGAGCCGCUGGAGAAGAGGAGCCUGUUGACGGCUGUAUCUGUGGACGGAGAGUUGGUGGUGUGUGGAGACAUAAAGGGCAACAUGUGGUUUAUCCAGCCUCCUUACACGUCCUCAUGGAGCAACAAAAAACCUGCUCACAGCAGCAGGAUCAGUGUGCUCAAGGUCACGGGUAGCACCAUCAUCUCCGCUUCCCACGAUGGAACCGUGAAACUCUGGGACAGAAACACCAAGAAACAGGUGGGAAUGUUCGUGUGUGGAAGUCCUGUCCUGGUUCUGGAGGUGAACCCACAGAAACCCAAUGAGCUGGUCUGUGGGGAUGAACAGGGAAAAGUCUAUUUCCUCACCUGGCAGGAAUGAAUCGUCGCUUCUCUCAACACUGUUGCUCAUGAUUAUUACAUCAUUUGAAUCCCAAGUCGACCAAAAAACAGUUUGGAAAUUUUCUUUCAAUGUGCAAUAUUUCUGUUAAAGAAGUUGAUUGAUUUGGGUCAGGUGGUGUAAAAUCAGAAUGAUUGAUUACUCACAUAUGUACCUUUAUUUUUGAUGGAAAUUGUGCAACUUAUCAAGAAGAUUAAAAUUAAUUUAAACUUGUUUAGCUCCUGUUUGAAAAUUGUGCUGGAUAACAAUUAGGAAAGUGGGAUACUGUAGGAAAGUCUGAAUGGAAAAAGUUAUGCUAUUCAGCAAUUUUAUUUUUAUUUUGAAAUAAACAUUCAAAUGUAUGUGUGUGUCCCCCCAAAACAUGCUGAUCCUUGAAAUAAAGAUCAUAACAGGUGAAAGUGAAA